GGACGCCUUUGCUGUGGAGGAAUUUGGGUGCUGAGAGUGCGAUUCAUUGAACUGCUGAUUAGAAGCUGCCGUUGCUUUUUGCAGUUCCGAAGACGAAAUCGGGACAGAGCUCCAAACGAUUCGUGUGGGGAAAAUAUUAAGCAGGCAUGGGCACUUCUGGAAAAAUUAUAAAGUGCAGAGCGGCCGUUGCCUGGGAAAUAGACAAGCCACUUUCUAUUGAAGAGGUGGAAGUUGCCCCACCGAAGUCUCAUGAAGUGCGGGUGAAGAUAAUAGCCACAGGGAUAUGUGGCACGGAUGAGCACGUCCUAACUGGCUCUUUCCCUAAAGUAGAGUAUCCUGUUAUUCCUGGCCAUGAAGGAGCUGGAAUUGUGGAGAGUAUCGGGGAGGGAGUGACUUGUGUGAAACCAGGAGACAAAGUGAUCCCCCUUUGUCUGCCUCAGUGUGGCGAAUGUAGCUCAUGUCUGAAAUGGAACACCAACUGUUGCCUGAAAACCCACCUUUGCAACCCACAAAACCUGAUGCCAGACAAAACCAGCAGGUUCACCUGCAAAGGGAAGAAAAUUCAUCACUUCCUUUGGAUAAGCACCUUCUCAGAAUAUACAGUCAUGCCUGACUCAACCGUGGUAAGGAUUGACGAUGCUGCCCCUCUGGAUAAAGUGUGUCUCUUUGGCUGUGGCUUUUCCACAGGUUAUGGGGCUGCCAUCAACACAGCUCAGGUCACACCUGGGUCUACCUGUGCCAUCUUUGGAUUGGGAGGAGUUGGUCUUUCUGUUGUCAUGGGAUGCCAAGCAGCAGGAGCAUCUCGGAUCAUUGGGAUUGAUAUCAACAAGGAGAAAUUUGAAAAGGCGAAGGAACUGGGAGCCACAGAAUGCCUGGACCCUAAGGAUUACAAGAAGUCCAUUCAGGAGGUGCUAAUUGACAUGACCGGCCAUGGUGUUGACUUUGCCUUCGAAGUUGUGGGAUGCUUGGAGACACUGACAGCUGCUCUGGCAUCCUGUCACAUGGGCUGUGGGGUCUGCGUGAUGGUUGGCGUCCCUCCUCUGGACUCGCGCCUCUCCUUCAAUCCUUUCCUGCUUUUUACGGGACGUACGUUGAAAGGGAGCUUCAUUGGAGGAUGGAAGAUGAAAGAUUCCAUUCCUCAACUGGUGUCCAAUUACUUGGAGGGAAAACUGAAAACUGAUGUUUUAAUUACGCACACUUUAUCUUUCAGUGAGAUUAGUAAAGGGUUUGAUCUGCUUCAUGCUGGAAAGAGCAUCCGUAUUGUCCUGCUGUUUUAAGCUGCUACAUGGGUGGUUUCAGCCUGAGGCGUCUCAUGAACAAUGCUGACAUUCCGAUUCUUUUUCUCGAUACUUUUUUUGAGGAAAAAUGCGUAAGCAAAUAUAGCUGUCGUUGGCAGCAUUGAGAGCUGGUUUUACUUACCCCCAGAUGCUUAAAAAUUCCUAGUCAAGCUCUAAAUGCUGAGACAUGAGCCUCACGAAUGGGAAUUUCAAGUGAACACAGAGAGGAAUAAGACCAGCCAAUGGAAAGUUUAUGUAAGAUUAAUAUGAUUGUCAUGCGGAAUCACUGAUGCUUAUCUUAGAAUCAGGCAUAUUUUUGUUUCUCUCUGCUUAUGUACAUAUUUGGUUGACAGAUUUGUGCAUUGUAUAUUGUGAGUAAAAAGUUCACAACUGUCUGCUGCCUC